AUGUGCCGCCUGGGCUGUACCUGGGCGGGUCUGAUCCAGUUGUGCGAGUGCCAGAGCUCGGAGUGCGAGGCAGAGUUGGAGGUUACCCCGAGCCAGGCGGAGAUCGGUAGUCGGUGCGUGCGGUACGCCCCCAUUCGGGACCUGGACGUGUACCCUCAUAUCUUGUCGGAGGGCCUCCUCGCGAGGGGCGUGGCGCUGAAAAACGACGGGUCUUUGAUGACGGAGAUGACGUUCGGGCGCCCAUGGAGGGCUCCGAGUGCCGCAUACGGCGUCGAUGGUGAGCUGACCGUGGUCGAGGUGUGUGAGGCGCUGGAGGGGAAGGCCCCGUGGAGGUCAUCCCCAGCAGCAGGGGCGGGCACCAGCCCGGCCGAGGACCUCUAUCCAGGCACGUCGGAGGGAUCGGGCCCACUGCCCGCGAGCGACGGGCUCAGCUGGUACGUGCUGGCAGCGGAGGACCCAUCGGAGCUCAGGCAGGCCGCGCACCACCUGGACAUCGACGGAUAUCUGGUCGUGGGGAGGGUUGGCGUCGCCAUGCAGGAUGCCGACGCCGUGCCGGUGAAGGCGGUGGUCCCCUCGGUGCCCGGCCCAGGCUCGGAGACAGACGCGCGGGUGCUGGGCAUCAAGACGACGCCCGACGGCAGCUGCCGUCGUCCCUUCACUGAGGCCGCGUGCCUGGUAAAGACCACGGAGUGGGCUGAGUGGCCUACCUGGGAGCACGAGUGUAGCCGGGAGGCCACGAUCGAGGGUGUCGGCGGCAGCGACCUCACCAUGCGCAUGGCGGAGCUGGGCCUCAGCUUCGGUCAGUCGAUCCUCGGCGGGGUCGCCUCAAUCGAGUUCUUGAUGCGGAAGGCCGAGACGGCCGAUGGGCGGCAUCGUGAUCGCCUCGCUGCCGUCCAGGGCGGUGUCCCGACGGAGGGGAGCUGCCUCUACCUCGGCGCGGGCCCGUCGCGAGGGUUGGUGACGGUCGUGCCGACACAGGUCGAUCACAUCAACCCCGGGGCGCACCAAGAGGCCCAGAUCCUCAAGGAGCGCCGGCAGGCGAAGGAGGAGAGGAUCCAGCAGCAGGCGAUCGAGCUCAGGAGGUACCAGGAGAAGGGCACAGGGAAGGACCACCCCGCUGGGCUGUCGAGAUCGGUGCGAUCACGAGUACGACGUCGCAUGCACGUGGCGAACUGGAUCGCCGACGCGGCCGAGAGCUUGAACGCUUUGCAUGGCCAUGGCGGCGCCCGAGAUCAUUUUUCAGCUUCAGCGGGGCAGCAUCGCAGCCUGGAGUUCAUGCAGUCCAUCAUCGAGCAGGCGGGCCCGCCUCCCUGCUCUCCCGCGGCAGCCCACGUGGAGCUGCGCGGUCACCAGCCGGGCUAUGUCACCCAGCCCGAGCAACCAGCCCAGUACCAGAGGGAGAUCCUCUCCCUGCCGGGGCCAGGCGCGCGCUGCGAUCCCAGCGACGUCUUGCGCGGCCUCGAGCACGAUCAGUGGGUACAUUGGGAGAGACAUGUGUUGCGCCGAACGCCUGCACCAGAUAAAGAGAUCAAGCUUCACAACGAUCGCAUUCUCAUGGCGGAUAGGCGGCGCUAUGCGCAGUUCAUCCUGGACCUGCACACCUCCGGCCUCGUCAGAGUCGGGGCCAAGCGCAGCGCCACGGUGGGCGUGUUCUGCGCGUGGAAGAGUGGGCGAGAACGUCUUCGGCUCAUCUUCGAUACACGACGUGUCAAUGCACGAUUUCAUGACCCUGAUCAUACCCAGUUACCCGGUGCUGCCGCGUGGGCGGCGCUGCGUACAGAUAGUUUUUCCCCUCUGAGUAUGGCUCAGGCUGACGUGGACAACGCCUUCUACAGGGUGAAGUUGCCUGACAAGAUGGAUGAGCAUUUCUCGUUGCCGAGCGUUCACGCGGGUUCGCUCCACCAACUGGCCGAGGCGGCCGGGGUUGACAUCGACCUGCCCGACGCCCGUUUCGGAUCGCCCCUCUUGCAGGUGCUGUCAAUGGGGUGGUCGUGGAGCCUCUACUUCUGCCAGAGGCUGCUGGAGACCACUCCUGGCGUGUACGUCGAUAACGUGUGCAUCGUCGGCGGCGACGGUGACCGCUGCGUUGCCGACUGCACGGAAGUCGUCGGCAAGCUGGAGCGGGUCGGCCUGAAGUGCAAGGGUGUCAUGGAGCCCAAGGACCUUCAGACCUUCACAGGCAUCACCUUCGAGAGGCGCAGUGGCCCGGUCGGGAUCAGCCCUGGUAGGAUGUGGAAAGUUCGACUCGCACUGCUGUUCGUUGCGGACCGCCGCUCGGCGACGGGGGGCGAGAUUCUCAGCUUGCUUGGGCACUUCACUUGGGCCGCUCUUCUGAGGCGGUCACUCCUCAGCAUUUUUCAACAGACCUACGUCUUCGCCCGUGUCGCUGGUCGCCGCCGCCUGCGGCUGUGGAGCCGUGUGGAGCUCGAGCUGCGGCAGGCGGCCGCCCUGCUGGUCUUCGCCUUCUCCGACUCGAAGAGGCCCAACAGCACUUUCGUCUACGCCUCUGACGCCUCCAGGGGACAGUCUGGCUCAGGAGGUGGCUAUGGCGUGGCGGGACGAACCUGGGCCAACGAGCUCGUGGAGAGCACCGCCGCGUCAGCUGAGGCUUGGCGAUACUCUGUGCUGGGCGCCAUCGGGGCCCGCGAGUGCGCCCUCGGCUUUGACCCGGUCGAAGGGACCAAGGUCGGACGCCGCCAGGCCCGCGCUGGCUCCGCCAGCUUCGAGGGGGUUGCGAGGUCCGCAAUCGGCGAGUUCAACGACUGGGGCGUUCUCUUCCACGGCGAGUUCCAGCGAGACGAGGACAUCACUGCGCUCGAGGGGCGAGCGGCUGCGAUGGCCGCACGGCACGCAGAGCGAGGGCGCAGCGGGCACAGUCAUCGGCACCUCAUCUUUGUCGACAACCUCGGGCUCGCACUCGCGGUUGGAAAAGGGCGCUCUCCUUCAAUCGCCGACGGGCGGCAUCGUGAUCGCCUCGUUGCCGUCCAGGGCGGUGUCCCGACGGAGGGGAGCUGCCUCUACCUCGGCGCGGGCCCGUCGCGAGGGUUGGUGACGGUCGUGCCGACACAGGUCGAUCACAUCAACCCCGGGGCGCACCACGAGGCCCAGAUCCUCAAGGAGCGCCGGCAGGCGAAGGAGGAGAGGGUGCCCUCGCGAGGUGGCGGCGGCGGCGGCGGCUCUGUCGGGGGCGAGGCGGAGCUGCUGAAGAAGAUCCAGCAGCAGGCGAUCGAGCUCAGGAGGUACCAGGAGAAGGGCACAGGGAAGGACCAGUCGGCCGGCCACAGCCUGGAAUUCAUGCAGUCCAUCAUCGAGCAGGCGGGCCCGCCUCCCUGCUUUCCCGCGGCAGCCCACGUGGAGCUGCGCGGUCACCAGCCGGGCUAUGUCACCCAGCCCGAGCAACCAGCCCAGUACCAGAGGGAGAUCUUCUCCCUGCCGGGGCCAGGCGCGCGCUGCGAUCCCAGCGACGUCUUGCGCGGCCUCGAGCACGAUCAGUGGGUACAUUGGGAGAGACAUUUGUUGCGCCGAACGCCUGCACCAGAUAAAGAGAUCAAGCUUCACAACGAUCGCAUGCUCAUGGCGGAUAGGCGGCGCUAUGCGCAGUUCAUCCUGGACCUGCACACUUCCGGCCUCGUCAGAGUCGGGGCCAAGCGCAGCGCCACGGCUGACGUGGACAACGCCUUCUACAGGGUGAAGUCGCCUGACAAGAUGGAUGAGCAUUUCUCGUUGCCGAGCGUUCACGUGGGUUCGCUCCAACAACUGGCCGAGGCGGCCGGGGUUGACAUCGACCUCCUCUACUUCUGCCAGAGGCUGCUGGGGACCACCGUGUUGCGGUCGGGGAUCGGCACCGGGCCGCUCAUCAAGGACCGCCACGCCCCCCUGCAGGCCCGCACCUCCUCGACCCAGCCUGGCGUGUACGUCGAUAACGUGUGCAUCGUCGGCGGCGACGGUGACCGCUGCGUUGCCGACUGCACGGAAGUCGUCGGCGAGCUGGAGCGGGUCGGCCUGAAGUGCAAGGGUGUCAUGGAGCCCAAGGACCUUCAGACCUUCACAGGCAUCACCUUCGAGAGGCGCAGUGGCCCGGUCGGGAUCAGCCCUGGUAGGAUGUGGAAAGUCCGACUCGCACUGCUGUUCGUUGCAGACCGCCGCUCGGCGACGGGGGGCGAGAUUCUCAGCUUGCUUGGGCACUUCACUUGGGCCGCUCUUCUGAGGCGGUCACUCCUCAGCAUUUUUCAACAGACCUACGUCUUCGCCCGUGUCGCUGGUCGCCGCCGCCUGCGGCUGUGGAGCCGUGUGGAGCUCGAGCUGCGGCAGGCGGCCGCCCUGCUGGUCUUCGCCUUCUCCGACUCGAAGAGGCCCAACAGCACUUUCGUCUACGCCUCUGACGCCUCCAGGGGACAGUCUGGCUCAGGAGGUGGCUGUGGCGUGGCGGGACGAACCUGGGCCAACGAGCUCGUGGAGAGCACCGCCGCGUCAGCUGAGGCUUGGCGAUACUCUGUGCUGGACGCCAUCGGGGCCCGCGAGUGCGCCCUCGGAUUGACCCGGUCGAAGGAGCCAAGGUCGGACGCCGCCAAGCCCGCGCUGGCUCCACCAGCUUCGAGGGGGUUGCGAGGCUCGGAGCCCGGCGACCCCAGCGGGCCUGGCGCGGCCGGGCUCGGGGACGCGCUCCACGACGACCCCUACCCGCUGGGUGGGCUCGCGGGGCUCCUGGGCGGGUCGGGCGCCGGCGGCGCGAACGCCGACAGCUCCUCAUCCUCGAGCUCGGACGGCGACUGCGACCAGCCGUGCGAGACCGACCCCAGCGAGGGCCGAGGCCCCCCGCCCAGCCCGGGCGAGAGUCUGCCGCUCAGCCCGCCUAUAGGCGCAGACGAGCGAGCCUGGGCCGAGGGGCUCACGGUGCUGCAGGAUUGGAAGGUCAGCAAGGCGUCCCGCGUGUACGUCGUGACAGAGUACCUGGACUUCGUGAUUCGGGUCCACUCGAGGGGGCCGUCGAUCCUCGGGCUGCCGUCGAUCGACUCGACCUCCUCCCAGCACCUCGGUUUCCUGUUCUGGAAGGGCCACCCUCGCCCCAUCGGGAACAAGGCCUUCGCGGUGCUGCCGGCACAGAGGCCCACGCGGGACCCCAUGGCGAGGGAGCUGCCGGUCGCUGCCGUGGGCGUCGCUCUGCACCGGGACUGGCGCGGCCUCACCAUCGCCCUAGCCCUCGGCUGGGGCACGAUGGUUCGGCUACCCAGCGAACUUGUGCAGAAGACGCCCGCGACGCUGGUGGCGCCUGCGCCUCGAUUUGGCCGAGCUAUGUGGUGCCCCCUGCCUUUCCCGGAGGAUCCCAGCCAGGUCGGCCGGAGCCUCGACGCCAAGUUCAGGACGGUGUUCGACCAGCUGGGCAACCGAGACUGCCACCCGUACCUAAAGUGCCACGGCGGAGCCCCUCUCGGAGCUGCAGUGCUAGGCAAGGAGCUCGCGGAUACCCAGGCCAAGCUGAGGCCCCAGUCGGACAACCCGACGAUAGGGUACGCCCAGCACGUCAGGGACCUCGCGGAGGCCCCGAGGCCCGGCCCCGAGGUGGCGGUGUUCGAGCAGGACGCCGACGCCCGUCUGGGCGACCUGCCGCGGGGGCGCAGCUGGCGCGGCGGCGACACAGGCGGCGCUGCCGUGGUUUUGACAGACGCGGCGGUGCGCCGGCACUGGCGAGCCGCGCUGCGGGCCGCCCUCUCGGGCUCGCGCAAGCACCAGGUGUACCUGGACCUGUUCAGUUGCACUGGCAGAGUCGCAAGCUGGCUCGAGAGGAAGUCCGACUACGCUGUCCUGCGGAUCGACGUGGCGGCCCACCCCGCGUUCGACUUGUUACGACGCGUGCGCGGGGCCGUCGUGAUAGGCUGGCUGAGGGCUCGCGUGGUGCGAG